UCGAGCCUGGAAACACAGCAGCACCCAGAAGUGAACAAAGCGACCCGGAAGCGGUGGUGGGACUGGAGGCAGGCAGAGACAGAACAUCAAGCUUUUAUAUUAAAGCUGCGCUCGCAACACAAUAUCUGCAGCCCGGACACAAGGAUGGCAGAGCCACGAUUUAACAACCCGUAUUUCUGGCCGCCACCGCCAUCCAUGCCCGGCCAGCUGGAUAACCUGGUGCUCAUCAACAAGAUUAAGGAGCAGCUGAUGGCCGAGAAGAUCCGACCCUUGCACCUGCCGCCUACCUCCAGCCCUUCCCAGCAGACUCUGCUGUUGCCCACCUCGAACCAGGACGGGGGCAACCAGCACGGUAUGUCAUUGCAAAAGCAGCAGCAGUUGUUGGGCCACCACCCGCAGGGACAGGGCUCUGGACAGCCGGACAUCGCUCUGCAUGCUCGCCCCGCCUCCAGCUCAGGACAGGAUGGAUUAAUGGACGACAAGUCAGGGGUGAAGGCUAAAGGAUUGUGGGAAGACUGGCACAUGAGACAGCUUGGCGAGCAAACUGGCCGCAUCAACCAUCGCUCAGCGCUGGCUCCCUCAUCCCGACCUGACAGCCACAUCAUCUCCGAGGCCCUGACCCCCACGUCCCCAACCUCCAGCCUCCAGAACCGCCUCGGUGGUGCCCCCUCUGUGAACAUCCUCUCUGGGCUGGCCAGUGGUCCGGGCAUGGACCACAUGAAGGUUGGCGGCCUUGCAGGACUGUUGGGCCCCCCACCCAAGGCACCCCGGGGACGGAAGAAGAUCAAAGCUGAAAACCCAUCGGGUCCUCUGCUGGUGGUGCCCUACCCCAUUCUAGCUGACCAAGGCUGUGUCACAAUUGCACCCAAAGAGGGCAAAAUCUACAGAUGCAAAGUGUGCCCACUCACCUUCCUAUCCAAGUCCGAGAUGCAGAUUCACUCCAAGUCUCACACGGAGGCCAAACCACACAAGUGUCCCCACUGCACCAAGACGUUCGCCAACGCCUCCUACCUGUCGCAGCACCUGCGCAUCCACCUGGGGAUCAAACCCUAUCACUGCUCCUACUGCGAGAACUCCUUCCGUCAGCUGUCACACCUGCAGCAGCACACCAGAAUCCACACCGGCGACAGGCCUUAUAAAUGUGCUCACCCCGGAUGUGAAAAGGCUUUUACCCAGCUGUCUAACCUCCAGUCUCACCAGAGGCAGCACAAUAAAGACAAGCCGUACAAAUGUCCUAACUGCUACCGUGCCUACUCAGACUCCGCUUCAUUGCAGAUCCACUUGUCAGCGCACGCCAUCAAAAACGCUAAGGCCUACUGCUGUAGCAUGUGUGGCCGGGCAUACACCUCAGAGACCUACCUUAUGAAGCACAUGUCCAAACACACGGUGGUGGAGCACCUAGUGAGCCACCAGUCGCCCCAGCGGACCGAUUCCCCAAACAUCCCCAUACGGAUCUCCCUCAUCUGAGCCCCCCCCCCCGACAGCCCGGCAGCAGGUCGGAUUCGGAGUCUAUGUUCGGCUGGAGCUUGUGAGGCCCUGCACCCACGGCCAUCUACAUAAGGCUUACAUUGGCAUUAUGACAGCUGACAUACAUUCAGUACAUUCAGACCUAUACACUUUUUUUUCACGUUACAACGAUCUUAAUGUUGUAAUCAGUCCUGCUAAGAUCAGUGAAAUCAACUUUUUCCCCUCGUCAAUCUACACCAAGUGCCCCAUUAUGACAAAGCAAAAGUGGAAAAUUUGUAUUUGAGCUUACCUAAAGUUAACGGGUGUGUCGCUUCCAAGUUAUGUACGUAUAGCACAGUAACUAUUUCCAUCAAGGCCCAACUGUCCCCUCAUGAAACCACGUUUAAAUUCACUUUAUCAGGAUUUUGCACCAAAUUCCACACGCUCAUAAAUAUCAGUCCCCAAAAAUAUGCUCGAUUUUUUUACUUCAAGAUCCAAAAUAAAUCAUGUAUCUGCCCCAAUUCUAUUUAUGUGGAUCUGCACUCACCCAUAAAUAUCAGCCCCCUAAAUGUGCCUGGUGUUUUUUCAUCAAGAACCAUGAAUUAUUCAUGGAGGAAAACAAAAAUGUAAAAAAAAAACACCUUAUGUCAGAUAAUAAAUUCCUAGAUCUGCCCCUUCUUGCAAAUCCUUGGCUAAACUUGGAUGAGUUGUUAGUGGACCAUGUCCCGUCCUUCAAUCAAGUUUGGUGGAAAUCUGUUGAGUAGUUUUUUAUGUACUGCUCAUAAACAAACCAACACACAAGCAGGGCUGAGAACACAACCCUGUUAGUGGAUCAAUGGAAUUUAAAAAUAAGAAAGAGGAAGCACCUGAAUUAAAUAUCAAGUGUGAAAAUCGCACAAGUGCAAGCAUUUCUAAAAACCCUGUCUUUACUGUGAUGAUGGGCUGCUGAGUGCAGAUUGAUGAGGGGAUUAAUGAAGAAUUUAAAACUACAUUAGCUCGAGGCUGUAACUUAAAACUGUGAAAACAGUGAAGAGGUCUGAAAACGUCCUGAACGCGCUGCGAGCGCUCAGCGCUAGAUUCAGCGAGCGGACCGCCUCAAUUCGUCCCGACACAGGCCGUCUGUCGUAAAUGAGCACAGCGUUAUUUUGUGAAUGUAACAAUACAGCUAGAUGUUGUCCUGAGGAUCGAGUGGCAAAGAAUGUCUUGCGUCAGAUCUAAUAAGCACUUUCGUAAGCGUCAUGUAAACUGCCGGAUGCAUUGGCCAUCAGAAAUGUUUUAGUUAGUUUGUUUUUUUUUCCUCUUCCAUAAAAUGGGUUUCUAAAACGUGCCAGAUGAUAUUUGCCCUUAUAAAGAAUUGCGAAAGUAGAAAAAAGAAAAUGUUUGCUGGGUGUAUUCUGGAGACAUCCAAAGAUAAUCUUAAAGCACUUUUAGGCCUCGUGGUUUUGGCUCAAAUUGUUUCAAUCUUGUUGGAUGGAAAAUGCCAAAGGGCAUUACUUGUGGCAGCUAAGAGUACCGACUGUGUAUAAAUAACAGUGUUUCUGUUACUUUCUUUGCUUUGACUCACAUUUUCGGUGCAAGUACACAUUUACAGGGUCGUCUAAAUUUGAAGAAAGGCAAUCGGUAGAUGACAAUUUCAACGUUUCAUGAUUGUAUUAACAAGGUGUACUGUUGAUUUGGGGAGGGAAGGAAAAAAUAGAGCAACACGGAAGGGAAGAAAGAUGAAUGUUUUUUUUAUUUUAUAUCUCCAAUAUCUUUCACUCCAUAUUUGACAUAUUUCACUUUUACGGCACCUUUUAUGAUCAUAACACAUGAUCAAACAAACACUGCUUUUACAUUACGUUCUCCCUCACGUCCUCAGAACUCGUGCCGUACACAAUUAUCCUUGUUUCCAAGAGAAAGCAGUUCUCUUCAUAGUUAAGCUGUCUGUUCAGUUAAGCUUUUAUUUACUUAGUGUUAGAACUAUUUUGUCGCAGAGGUUGAAAACAUUGCACAUGCAUCGAUGCCAGCUCUACUUUUGAAUACACAUCAAAUUUUAAAUCGAGUGGUCAAUUUUUAAAUGUCGCCGCUGGACCAAAAUGUGAAGUUAAUGAACUCUGACUCUCCCCGUUAAGACCUUUUCUUUAAGUCUUUAAUAAGCUUUACCCAUUUUUAAAUAAACUGCAGUAUGUCAUAUUCCAUAGGCCUAUAUUUUGAGUUUGUGGAGUUGAUGCUUCUCCUUUUGAUUAUGUUUGUUCUCCUUAGUAUUCUUUUUAUUGUACACAGUAUUGUUUGUUGUAUUUUUACUGUAACUUUAAACUCUGGAUGGUACUAAUAGGGUACCCUGUGUUCUUCAGGGCACUUCAGAAAAAAAAAAAAAAGGUGCUACAGCUAGUUGUUAUGAUUGAGAUGGAACUGAGAAUAAUGUAAAAUACAUAUACAGUAUAUAGUAUGUUUUCAAAAGAAUUAAAAAAACAACCUAUUACUCAAGCCACUGGCCUGAAAAACAAGACAUUUUACGCCAACAACAGACCCUGCCUCUUCAACUUUACUCUCUUUUGAGAUAGUGGGAAAAUGUACAUGUUGCUGUACUGUAAAACAUGUUACUCAUUUAUAGAACCUAUUUUUAAGUUUUCAUCAACACGCUCUGUUUGGGUUUUUGUAAGAGCUUAUGUAUGGACUUACUGUAAUUAUUUUAGUCUACCCGUAUGUUAUUAAUAUUCAUGUUUUAUAUCAGUUAUUUCCAUGUAAGCCUUAACUGUUCUAUCAUCCCAUUUCCAUGACUCUGUAUUGUGUUCUGCAGUAUUCAAUCGUGUAAACAUUUUUUUUUAAAUUUUCUUUCCUUCCGCAUGGAGUUCCUGAGCUGUAAGCUGUAUGAUAACUGUUUAACCCAUGUUCUCGAUGAAAAGAUAUUGCGUAGAUUUAUUACACUUUUUCCUGUCUUGCAUUGUGGUUUCAUAUACAGUUUCUAGAACGACUAAAUAUGCACAGCCAAGACUGAGAAGUUAAACUAAGGUUAUCAAUGUUUAAAAAAGGAAAAAAAAGCUUUGUAUCUUUACCUUGUUUAAUAAACAGACUGUUACAAAUUC